AGAAGAAUCAAGAAUGGUGAAUUUGGCAGCGAUGUUUGGUAGCAGAAGGCGUCGUGCUCCCAAAUCGCCGGCGAUAGUUGAAAAGAAGGAUACGCGUGGGGGAAGCAAGGUCAGAGGAUCAAAGUAUUCACAUGGUAGUGGUGCUGGAAGACCAAAUAACACUUCUGCUCGUAGGUCGUGGAAAAAAGAUACCAAGUCUGAAGAAAGGAAGAUCGCCCCUUCUCCUCCCCCUUCCAACGAGGGUGCUUCAAGUUCUAUUCGAUUCUUCAGAAUUGUUGGGGACACUUCUAAAGAUAGUAAGCACGAAACAAGUACCUUGGCAAAAGAAUCAAAGAUCAACACAGAUGAUGACUCUUCUUCAUGCUCCAGUGAUCUCGAUGUGGACGCCUUGAAUGAAAGAUGUUAUCAGGAGCUGCGUGAAUUCUUGUCCGAUCUUGAUCCCUAUGACGGUAAGGAGGUGGUCCAUUCAAGCCCCCAAAAGUGGAUCCCACUGGAUAGUAGAUUUGAUUUGAGCAAUCUUCGUCGUUCUCGUUUCCCUGACGGCAUCUGUUAGAUCUUCCUAAAACUUGCUAAGAUUUCGGAUGAUGGUGUCCUUGGGUUUGCUUUGGCCUGAGGGAAGGAAUUGCUGGAUUUUAUUUUUUUACCCAAAUGUUGUUGUACAGACUUCUCUGGGUAGAUAUAUGAUAUAUGAAUUUUUGGUGAAUGGAAUAGAAUUAACAUCCGAAUCCUACUUUUACAAGUUGAGAAUAUUUUAGAAGAAAUGUGAAAAUAAUUUUUUGUUUGUUUUUACUUUAAAGUUAGAGAUCCUAUCUUAUGUUAAUCCUAUGUUAAAGUUGUGUUUAAGUUGUUACAUUUGGUUC